UGACGGCUCCCUUAUGACGCUCUCUUGGUUCUCCAUCAUUUCUUUGAACAACUGACUUUUUUCAUCUUAACAUCUCAUUGUCACGGGAAAGGUUGGCGCAGUGUCAUCCGAGAAAACGAAGAACAAGUAGAAGGGACCGGCAGUCCCGGAAGGUCCGCCUUCUGCAGUUGCCAGGCAACAAAGGUAAACAGCGAAAAGUGGCAGGAUCAUGGCCACCAACUACAGUGCAAACCAGUAUGAAAAAGCCUUCUCACCCAAGUAUCUGCAGAACUGGUCUCCCGCCAAGCCAACAAAAGAGAGUAUCUCUUCCCACGAAGGCUACACUCAGUUUAUCGCCAAUGAUCGUGGCCAUCUGCUGCCCUCGGUGCCCCGUUCCAAGGCAAGUCCUUGGGGAUCCUUCAUGGGCACCUGGCAAAUGCCUCUGAAGGUGCCCCCCGCCCGGGUGACCCUGACCUCCCGUACAGUGGCUGGUGCUGCCUCCCUCACCGAGUGGAUACAGAAGAAUCCGGAUUUACUCAAGGCCUCCAACGGGCUGCGUCCUGAAAUCUUCGGCAAGCCUCACGACCCAGACAGUCAGAGGAAACUCGGGAAGUGGAUCACAAAGACCGUACAACAAGCACCAAGUCCCAUCAUAAUCCCAAACUCCCCAGCUGUAAACCUCAGUUCCCCAGACCAACCCCAAAGCUCACACCCCUCUGCAGGUCACACUCCAGGCCCCCAAAGCCCAGCCAGCUCUCCCAAGAGCCCACCUGGAAGCCCACGCAUGCCGGGGCAUUGGGCAGGUCCUAAUUUAGCUGAGGUCCAGACGUACAAACCUGGAACUCCGGAGACACCCAGGGACCCUACUGAGAAAACCUGUCUGGAGACUGAGUGAAGGAAGCAAGACCCCUGGUGAGGAAUAUAGAACGGGGAAAUUUCAGGGUGGGGAUAAACGUACGUUUGGAAAAUAAACAUCAUUUGUUGAAUCUUU